GUUCGCAUCUCCAUCCCCGCCCCGGGAGCGCCGGGCUGAGCAGCGCUGCGAGGCACCGCCAGCCCCGGAACCGCCGGGCUGAGCGACCCUCCUGAGCAUCGCCCGACCCGGAACCGCCGGGCUGAGCAACACUGCCCGACACCGCCAGCUCCGGAACCGCCGGGCUGAGCAACCCUCCUGGGCAUCGCCAGCCCCGGAACCGCCGGGCUGAGCAGGGCUGCCCGGUACCGCUGGUCCCGGAACCGCCGGGCUGAGCAACCCUCCCGAGCAUCGCCCGACCCGGAGCCGCCGCCGCCGCCGGAGCGCCCCGCCGGUCCCGCCGAUGGCACCGCGCUGCCGCCGCCAAGCUGACCAGGUGCCCUGAAGCUCUGGGGCUGGCUUCUCCCAGGCUCAGCAGGAUGAUGCCAGCAGCCCCAGAGCCAGCCCUGCCCCUCACCCUGCUGAUGUGACCGAGCUCUGCUGGGACCUGUGGCACUGAGGCUGGCACUGAGGCAGUGGCUGGUGGCCCCUGCAGUGUCCCUGCUGCCCAAAGAUGAGUGAUGGCACGUGGAUCUCGCUCAGCCCCACCGAGUUUGCCCAGCUCCAGCAGUACACAGACUACUCCACCAAGAAGCUGAAGGAUGUUCUGGAGGAGUUCCACGGGGACGGUGUCCUCUCGAGGUACAACCCCGAACAGCCCAUCGACUACGAGGGCUUCUGCCUCUUCAUGAAGACCUACCUGGAGGCUGAUGUGCCUGAGGAGCUUUGCCAGCACCUCUUCACUUCCUUCAAGCGUAAGAUCUGCCCAGCCUCCCCCGAGAGCCAGCAGCAGAGCCCUGGAGUGUCCCAGCACAGCAGCCUGGGGAUCAAUGGGAAAACCCUUCGGAGUGCUCUGGGCCGACACACUCCCGAGCCCAAGGGCUGCCACAGCAACUCAGCUGAGCCCCAGCCAGCAUCCCUCACCCUGGCAUCCAUCCCCAAUGCCUCCCCCAGCUGGUCCAGAUCAUCCUCCCAGAAAUCCACCGCUGGCACCACUUCUGCUCACAACUCCUCGGGCUCUUCCAAGGUCUCCUCCGGGUCUCUGCUCAACCCUCAGUCACCAGGCACAAGGAGCCUGGAGAAGAGGCUGCCCUUCAGCCUGCGGAAAGGCUCCAGCUCCCUGAAGGCCACCCCUCCUCCUCCUCCCACCCCCGUGGCCCAGGUGGUGCACCUGAAGGACAUUGUCUGCUACCUGUCCCUGCUGGAGAGGGGACGAGCAGAGGACAAGCUGGAGUUUAUGUUCCGCCUCUACGACACCGAUGGGAACGGCCUCCUGGACAGCUCGGAGCUGGAUCGGAUCAUCAACCAGAUGGUGCACGUGGCUGAGUACCUGGAGUGGGACUCCACCGAGCUGAAGCCUAUCCUGAAGGCGAUGAUGGAGGAGAUCGACUACAACCACGAUGGGACUGUGACGCUGGAGGAGUGGAUCCGGGGUGGCAUGACCACCAUCCCCUUGCUGGUCCUCCUGGGCAUGGAGACAAACGUGAAAGAUGAUGGGCAGCAUGCCUGGAGGCUGAAGCACUUCAAGAAACCUGCCUACUGCAACUUCUGCCGCACCAUGCUGCUGGGGGUCCGCAAGCAGGGCCUCUGCUGCUCCUUCUGCAAGUACACGGUCCACGAGAGGUGUGUGUCCAAAGACAUCGCUUCCUGCAUCAGCACCUACGUUAAAUCCAAGAAAAACACAAGUGUGAUGCAGCACACCUGGAUCGAGGGCAACUCGCCUGCCAAGUGUGACAGGUGUCACAAGAGCAUCAAGUGCUACCAGGGCAUCACUGGCCUGCACUGUGUCUGGUGCCAGAUCACGCUCCACAACAAGUGUGCCUCCCAUGUGAAGCCAGAGUGUGAUGGGGGCCCGCUGCGGGACCACAUCUUGCUCCCAUCCUACAUCUGCCCAGUUGUCCUGGACAGGCAGUCCCACUGCCGGCGCUCCGAGAGCGACUCCCCUGCCAGCACCAGCCCCGAGGACAGCCAGGCCUUCAAGUUCAACUCCACCACAGUGGAUGGGCAAGGGCUGCAGAUCAGCCCUCAGCCCGGGACCCACCCGCUGCUCGUGUUUGUGAACCCCAAGAGUGGAGGAAGGCAAGGGGAGCGGGUGCUCCGGAAGUUUCACUACCUGCUCAACCCACGCCAAGUGUACAACCUGGACCGUGGCGGGCCCACGCCAGGGCUGAACUUCUUUCGGGACACCCCGGAUUUCCGUGUGCUGGCCUGUGGAGGGGAUGGCACCGUGGGUUGGAUCCUGGACUGCAUAGAUAAGGCGAACCUGGUGAAGCACCCCCCGGUGGCCGUCCUGCCCCUGGGGACCGGCAAUGACCUCGCUCGGUGCCUGCGCUGGGGAGGAGGCUAUGAAGGAGGAAACCUGAUGAAGGUGCUGAAGGACAUAGAGCACAGCACGGAGGUGAUGCUGGACCGCUGGCACAUCGACAUCAUUCCCACUGACAGGGAGGCCAACGGGGAUCCUGUCCCAUCCACCAUCAUCAACAACUACUUCUCCAUUGGGGUGGAUGCCUCCAUCGCCCACCGCUUCCACAUCAUGAGAGAAAAGCACCCUGAGAAGUUCAACAGCAGGAUGAAGAACAAGCUGUGGUACUUUGAAUUUGGGACAUCAGAGACCUUUGCAGCCACCUGCAAGAAGCUCCAUGACUAUGUUGAGGUUGAGUGUGAUGGGACCCUGCUGGACCUGAGCACCACAUCCCUGGAGGGCAUUGCUGUGCUCAACAUCCCCAGCAUGUACGGGGGCUCCAACCUCUGGGGAGAGACCAAGAAGCAGCGUGGCUACAACAGGCUGGGCAAGAAGGUGCCAGAGAAGGUGCCAGGCACGGUGGUCACCGAUGCCAAGGAGCUGAAGUUCUGCGUGCAAGACCUCAGCGAUCACCUCCUGGAGGUGGUGGGGCUGGAAGGCGCCAUGGAAAUGGGGCAGAUCUACACGGGGCUGAAGAGCGCGGGGAAGAGGCUGGCCCAGUGCUCCUCCGUCAUCAUCAGGACGUCCAAGCUGCUGCCCAUGCAGGUGGAUGGGGAGCCCUGGAUGCAGCCCUCCUGCACCGUCAAAAUUACCCAUAAAAGCCAGGUGCCCAUGCUGCUGGGCCCCCCCCAGAAGAGCAGCUUCUUUUUCCUGAGGAGGAGGAACCGAACUCGGGAUUAAAGCAUCACCCAAGGAUCCACAGCCUGGAGCACUCAGCAUCCCAGGCACCUGGGGGUUAUUUAUCCUGGGAAGGUCUUGUAGGCUCCUUCCUGAUCACCAGAAGCAUCCUCUCAAGCUGGGAUGGAAGAAGGGGGAGAAGGCAGGCUGGAGCAGUGAGCACAUUUGCUGGAGCAGCACUAGGACUGGGAUUUUGGUUUUUUUCCUCCCUUUAUUUAAAUUCCCUCCAGCCAAGCUGCCAGUGAAUGUGCUCCUGAGGCAGCACUGAGCUCCACUUAUUUAUUUAUCCUCCUCCUGAAGACCACUUGAUGUCUCCCUGCAGUGGCUUUCUGUCCCCCAGUCCUUGCAAUGGGAGGGAUUAUUUAUUUCUUUAGCCCAGAGGAGCCACCUCAGGCACUCACCUCUGGGCUGUGGGGUUUGAGAGAGAUGCAAAGAACCAUUGCUGCCAGCCCGGGGGGACAGGCUGGGGACAGACAGUAAACAGGGACAAGCCAGGGGUGGAUGAGAGGAGACUGUGUUUUUACAGGGAAAUGGCAAAAAAAGGGAUUUUGGGGAAGCAGCCCCAGCUCUGGGCUUUGUGAUCGUAUUUAUCUAUUUAUUUAGCAAACUUUGGACAAAAAAGGGACUCUGGGGGUCGCCUUUUUAGGAGCCCAGAUUGGACACAGACACAACCUCCCCUCUCUGCUGGCUGUCCUCCAUGGCAUAUCCUCCUUCCACAUGGACUUUUCCUCUCUCCUAAAUCCUGCCAGCCUGUCCUGGGGGCUGGAGGCCCUGGGGACAGACAUCCAGAAACUCUUCUCACUUGAAGGUGUCCCCAGCACCUUUUACAAUCCCCCAGUGUGCUGUGCCAGGCUGGUGCUCUCCCUGGGCUGCAGGGAGCGGGGCAGGGUGGCUGCACCUCCCUUUCUGUAGGGCCAGCUCUCCCACAGCCCUCUCCAAACCCAGGAAGCCUCACAGAUGCUGCCAGCUGGGGCCCACUGGGAUGCACAGGCUGGUGUUGGUGGCAUCCCCCAUGGACGGGCAGAGCAGGGGGUGCAGUUUCUCUCCAGAAUGCACAGGGACCAAAAGGCAGAUGAAUGCAAGGAGUUUGUGGUGGUCUGAAUGCACUCCCAGGGGCCAAGGGCAAGGGCUGCUGGUUGCUUCUGCAGUCACCCAGUGCCUCCAGCAGCAGGCCUGCAUGCAGGAUACAGCCACAUCCUGAAUUAAACCUGCCCCCAGGCAGCUCCCUCGGGCUGCUGGAGUGCCCCGUGGGUGUCACUGCAGGCAGGAAAAUUCCUGCUUGUCCCCACAGUGUCCCUGCCACAGGGCUGGGACAAGUCCCCCUGUCCUCCCCAGUGCCCACUCAGCCCCUCUGAUGCUGCAGGGCCCCGUUCAGCAGCAUUCUCUGGCAGAGGGUGCUGCCAUCACUGGUCCAGAGUGGCUGGAAGGGACCUGCUGGUGACCUGUGACACAGGCAGGCGUCACCACAGUGCAUCAAUCCACCCUCCUCCUCCUCCUCCUCCUCCUCCUCCUUGUCCCCCUGGGCAGCUGUUUAUGAGUAGCCAGGUGAAAGCAGAUGGAGCAAGGCCAAACAAAGCCCAGCUGCCUCCACCUCCCCAGUGCACUGCCAAGGGCAGCAGUGCCUCGCAGCCCCACACUUGGGGAGGGUGACAAAACCACCUCAGCCAUCUCCAGAGCUCUGCCAGCAGGAGGGUGACAAUCUGUGGGAUGGCAGCACACCAGGUCAACAGGUUUGGUUCUAUUUCCCUGCCCACCCAGCCUCAAGGCAGGGUUUUGUCCCAGAUAGGGAGCCAGCAGUGCAUGGGCAGUCAGCUGUGGUUUCCUGCUCCUUGCCCCCGUCACAGUUUGCUGGGCUCUGGGCAAAGAGCAGCACUGGGGGCUCUGCUGUGCUGUGCUGUCUGGGGCAGCAGGAGGGCACUGUGCCUGUGACUGCCACCCUUGGGGCUGGCAGUGCCAGGGCAGAGCAGCUGGAAUCCAGGGCUGAACGCUCAGCCACGUCCUGCAGGGCACGGGGAGCCCAGGGCCACCACUCUGGGCCAGUGGGACGGUGACACACCAGCAGCACUCUGCCAGGCUCCAACCCAGAGGUCCCCUCUGGUGGCCAGGGACGUGAUCCCUGCCCCAGCUCCAUCUGCUCCCUCACUGCCAAAGGCAUGGUCCAACAGGCCUGCCAGUCCCCACCUCCUUAGCCUGAUGGUGCAAAGGUCCUGAGCCCAGGAGGGAGCCCCAGGGGCUGGCAGUGCAGCCCAGCUGUCCCUGGCUGCAGGAGCAUGAAGCCAUGCGGCAGAGGGGCACUCGAGGCCUUGACCCCCCUGUUCCCCAGUGCCUCCCAGUUCAACCCAGCUCCCAAGCACGUGGGGUGGAACCAAACCCCCAGAGAAGCCCCUGCUGCCCUGGGGGAGCCCUGGGAGCUGGGGAGCCCCAGGGGGCUGAGCCCAGUCCCUGUGUGUGUGUCCCCUGGUCGGUGUCCGUAGCAUGUCUUGCCGUGUACACCCGGGUGCUGUGGCCUUGCCUCCAAUAAAGAUGGUCAUGAACUCCUCA